AUGAGCUCAAGAGAAAUUUUUUGGUGGGGUUCGAAGUCUUUCAUCUUCUCCUUUAGCCUUCCGUUCUUCGCUAUAAGUGCUCAAAGCAGGCAAGACACUCGGUCAUUUCCCCAUGAAAAGCUGCGGCUUCGAUCCUGCUACGAUCUUUCGUUUCUUGCCCUAGGAGCGUCUGAAACCGACCCUUACUUUUCCGAGGAGACUGAUCCUCCAGAUCAUGGCAUAUCCCUUGUUGAGGGCGUCUGUUCGGUUGUUAUAACUGGACAGAGCAAGCAAUAUUGGACUGCUGUUUGUCUCAAUGACGACCUCUACGAUGGUAUAGACGAGCCUAGACUUUCACCCGAGGAUGACAUGGAACAAUUGGAUGUAGUAGACCCUAUUGUGUUGAAGAUGGGAAAACCCCCCAAGUCCCCUCGGGCAUACGCACUCGCAGCACUGGCAACUGGUCUAGUGAAGGUUGUGGAUUGCCACAAAGACAUCCAAGAUUCCUUUCGAACCAGCUUCAAUCUACAUGUCCCUUCGUCAAAACAUAGCUCGUCUGGAGAUAUUUCUCCAAGUUGGGCAAAGGAGUGGGAUAAGAAAUAUCCAGAGGCUCUUCAGAGGGUGAUGUACUACAACCAACGAAUUGUUGAAAGAUUAGAGCACUUCUUAUCGCAUCACCUUAUGGUCUGCCCUCGAGGUUUACCCCAACAUAAGCUGUGGCUGAGCGUCAACGUGGAGGAACGUGCGACACAAUCUCUGAUCGACAUUAUGAACAGCCUUGAGAGUCUACGAGAAGUUCAUAGCGAGCUCGCCCAACUGUUCAAGUCACUGAAUGAGCCUUCGCAGCCCUCGCCCUCUCCCUCUUUUCUUUUUCUUUUGCGGCAAGCAAACUGA